AUGACAUAUCCUAGCUUACCACAGAAGCCAGAACACAAAGAGCGAAAACAGAUAAGUGCUCCUAAACCACUGAUCACAUCAGCAGAUGCCUCGGUCACUGAGUUAGAUCAAAGAAAAAGGCAAGAGCAGAUUGAAAAGGAAACUGCAGAAGACAUAGCUGCAGCAAAUGACAUCAUGGAAAAGGUCUUCAAACAAAUGUCAGCUGAAAACUCUGAACUAGCAAAAGCUCAGGAGCGAGUUAAAAGGUUGGAGGAUAGUAUCAACCUUAUGAAGGAAAAAACGGGAGAUCGUAAAGGGUGCUCAUAUAAAGAAUUUAUGGCGUGCAAACCGCCAAUCUAUAACGGGGAAGUUGACCCGAUAAUCUGCCAAAGAUGGAUAAGUGACGUCGAAGGAGUGUUUAAACGAACCCACUGUGACGUAGGUGACUUUGUUGCUUACGGAACGGGUCAAUUGAGAAAUCAAGCCAAGGAUUGGUGGGACAAUAAAAAGAAGGAAAUGGGAGCCGAAGCGGCAAGGUCCCAAAGCAGUUAUCAACAGGAUCAAACAGGAAUUUUCCAGUUAAGACAAAAGGGAGAAUCAAUUGAUAAGAUUACGGGCAUCUUCAUAGAUAAGUUGAGAUUUUGUGACGAGUUAGUCACCACUGAAGAGCAGAAGAUAUACUAUUAUUACAACAUCCUGAGUGCUGAAUACCAGGAGUUUAUGACUCCCUCAAAAUAUGAAACUCUCACAGAAAUCAUCAACACCGCCCGGGAGCGGGAAAUCGAGUUAAAGAAGCAAGUUGAGAGGGGUGAGCGAAGGGCACAAGAUGUGAAUCCAAGCCCUACAAAGAAAGCUAGAACUGCUGAAUCGGGGAAGAAAGUGGAGGCUAAAGGCGGGUCGCCAAGUUGCAAAGUAUGUGGAAAGGGGCACAAAGGUGAGUGCCGCUUCAAGGACAAGCCGUGUCCGGUAUGUGGGAAGACGGGACACACUGCAUCGCUAUGUCCCGGAAAAGUUUCCGUUUGCUACAAAUGUUAUCAACCCGGCCACAAAAAGUCUGAAUGUCCCGAGUUGGUUGGAAAGAGAGACACAAAAGAGUCUCCAACAGAAGCUCCCAAAGCGAAGGCUAGGUCCUUCCAACUUACCGCGGCUGAAGCAAAAACAGAACCCGAUGUAGUCUCAGUUUCUAGGUAUUCAAGGAUUACGGAUGACGGUCAAGCAAGCUUUUGA